CGUGCGCGCUUCAGCUUCGCUAUCAAAGCUCGCGCAUAUCGAGACCCGGAGCGAGAAGACUCUACGACUCUGAAACCUGCCACAUCUAUUGCUUCAGCAAUAUACACAACCAACAACUUUAAUUUGACCUUAAAUAUGUCUACCAUCGUUUACUGUCAAACAGAUCAGGUUAUAAUGCACGACCAACACAGAAAAGGUUUGAGUCUAUAGCCAACGGGAUACCCGAGGACUUGAUUGCAGUCACUCUAAGCCUGAGAGUUUGAGUCACCUCUUCCCCCCUUGCCGUGCCUGCUGGUUGCCUGGCAUUGCCUUUUCCAUCCACUUUGUAGUGAAGGAAGACCUAGGUACCUGCCUAUUCACGGCUUUCCAAAGACAACUAUCUGCCCCAGACAUACGUCAUUCGGUAUUAGGCUAAAUUUCCAAAUCAAACAAAAAUGAUUCCCAACGGAUAUUUGAUCUUUGAGGACGAAAGUUUCCUCGAUUCCACUGUAGCCAAGAUGAAUGCCCUAAGAAAAAACGGCCAGUUCUGCGACGUGAGACUUCAGGUAUGUGGUCAUGAGUUGAUGGCUCACCGGGCUGUGCUGGCCUGCUGCAGUCCAUACCUAUUUGAGAUCUUUAACAGUGAUCUGGAGCCUCAUGGCAUCUCCCUUGUGAAGUUUGAGGAUUUGGACCCUGAAGCUGUGGAGAUCCUUCUCAACUAUGCUUACACUGCCCAGUUGAAGGCAGAUAAAGAGCUGGUUAAGGAGGUUUACUCCGCAGCUAAACGACUCAAAAUGGAAAGAGUAAAGCAGAUCUGUAGUGACUACCUACUCUCUAAGAUGGAUUCUCAGAGUGCAAUCUCCUAUCGCAAUUUUGCCAGCUGCAUGGGAGACGCACGUCUGCUGGGCAAGAUCGACAAUUACAUCCAGGAGCAUCUUCUAGAGGUGUCUGAGCAAGAGGACUUCCUCAAGCUGCCACGCCUUAAGUUGGAGGUGAUGCUGGAGGAUAACCUGACCUUGCCCAGUAAUGGGAAACUAUACUCUAAGGUGAUUGGCUGGGUACAGCGCAGCCUGUGGGAAAAUGGCGAACCCCUGGAGCGACUGAUGGAGGAGGUGCAAACGCUGUACUAUUCGGCUGAUCACAAGCUGCACGAUGGGAGCCUGCUUGACGGGCAGGCUGAGGUGUUCAGCACUGAGGAUGACCACAUCCAGUUUGUGCAGAAGAAGCCCCUACGUGAGAAUGUACCACGACAGCUGAGCACCAGCUCCUUCGGCAGCCCCUCCCCUGGAACUGCCAAACAGUCCUUCAAGCAGGAGUGGAAAUACAUUGCUUCAGAGAAGACCACCAACAAUACAUACCUGUGUUUGGCCGUGUUGAAUGGCAUGCUGUGCGUGAUCUUUCUGCAUGGGCGCAGCAGUCCCCAGGCCUCUCCCUCUGCCACACCUUGCCUAACCAAGAGCCUGAGCUUUGAGGGCCCGCCUCUGGAAGAGGAGCAGGACAAGCUGCUGGCACCCAUGCACUACGCUCGCUCAGGCCUGGGCACUGCUGCUCUGAAUGGACGACUCAUCGCCGCAGGUGGCUACAAUCGUGAGGAGUGCCUGAGGACUGUGGAAUGUUACGACCUGAAGACUGACAGCUGGACUUUCAUCGCUCCAAUGAAGACUCCACGGGCUCGAUUUCAGAUGGCUGUGCUCAUGGGUCAGCUUUAUGUGAUGGGUGGAUCCAAUGGACAUUCUGAUGAACUGAGUUGUGGAGAGACAUACAACCCCAAUGAUGAUGAGUGGAGUCAAGUGCCAGAGCUGAGGACCAAUCGCUGCAAUGCAGGUGUCUGCUCUCUGAACAACAAGCUGUACGUUGUUGGGGGAUCAGAUCCAUGCGGACAGAAAGGUCUGAAGAACUGUGAUGUUUUUGACCCUGUGAGCAAGGCCUGGACCAGCUGUGCCCCAUUAAACAUCAGGAGGCAUCAGGCUGCUGUGUGUGAGUUGGAUGGCUUUAUGUACGUGAUUGGAGGAGCAGAGUCAUGGAACUGUUUAAACAGCGUGGAGCGUUACAACCCAGAAAACAACACCUGGACCCUCAUUGCCCCAAUGAAUAUAGCCCGCAGAGGAGCUGGAGUGGCCGUCCAUGAAGGUAAACUGUUUGUGGUCGGUGGAUUUGAUGGCUCCCAUGCCUUGCGUUGUGUCGAGGUGUACGACCCUGCCCGGAAUGAAUGGAGGAUGCUUGGUAGCAUGAACUCGCCACGCAGCAAUGCCGGUGCGGCCGUGCUUUGUGACAUCAUCUAUGCUGUCGGUGGCUUCGAUGGAAAUGACUUCCUUAACUCAGUUGAGGCCUACAACCCUAAAACAGACGAGUGGAGCACCUGUGCAGAUGCCUUCACAAAUUCCUAAGAGCCAGGGGUCGGGAACCAUGCGGGUGGGGGUGAUAUCUCACUCAAACUAACAGGCUUAGUGACGUAAUCGUGCUUUGUGAUGUUCUGUAUGUAUGUGGGUUGGCGGGUCUUUUAAGGUGUGUGGAGAGAAGGAGGGAGAGGGAGAGGGAGGUCUCGUGGGGGUCUUCACUCAAGUCACCCAUAAGAUUGAAAUUUCUUACAGUGUUUGGGAGGGGGGGGGGGGGGUUGCUGAUAGCAACAUUAAGCUUUUGCAUAUUGCAUACUUUUAUUUUUUGUGUUGUAUAUAUUGUUUUGUGUUUUAUUUUUCUUUCAAUCUUUCCGUUUCAUCAAGAAUGCCAACAUUUAUUGCACAUCGAGUGUACCUUUUUGAAUUGAGAAGUUUUUGAAUUUUUUGGGAAAGGAUUCUCAGAGUUAAAGACAGGAUUGGUUGGUUGAACCCAUUAAGGAAGUGAUUCAGAUUGAUUUAGUUUUUUUAUGCUUCAUUAGUGAAUUUAGUUAAUUAAUUUGAAGCUCCAUGCUAAAAAAGCCUUAUUUUACAAAAUGUUCAAAUACAUGGCUUUACUUUUGUGUCAUUAGCCAUGAUGCAGGAUUACUGUACCAAUCUUUAAAGAUGGCCUUUUUUAUAUUUUUGAUACACUGCUAAGUAACCAAUAGAUGGAUUGAAGAGCUAGCAGACUCAUGAGGUUAUGAACUUUAAAUUAGUUACACUCGUACAUAGUCGAUCAUGCUUAAGUACUCCUGCUUAUUAGAUAUUUGUUACCAUUUUUGACAGAUUCACGCAAGUGAGAUGAUACUUAUUUCUUUCUUAACACCUCUUUUUAAUAUUUCCUGUGUUUAGCAUUUGGAAGCAACAAAGAGGUUUUUGGCUCCAAGGUUUUGUUCACUCAAACUAAAUCAGAGGAGAAAAUUCUAUAUUCUCUAAAUUCUGUAUUUCCUUACUAAUAAAACAUUUCAACCUG